AUGUUAAGACGUGAGUUUUUGUUCGGCAAUAGUGAAGACGCGGUUAAAGCUAGAAAUUAUAGAGACCGAAUUAAUUUUUUGGGACUACAAAAUUUCAAUUUUAAAGAGUACUUCUGUUUAAAUCCAAUCCAGGCGGAUUUUCUCUUAAAUAAUGUUGGACAAAAAUUAGAGCACAAUACACAGCGCAGUCAUGCUUUGUCGGCUGAAAAUCAACUGCUACUGUGCCUGCAUUGGCUCGGAAAUGGUUGCCAGUACCAUGGAGUUGCAGCUUUGCAUAGUGUUGCAAAAUCCACAGUUUGCAGAACCAUCCAUAGAGUUGUCGACAUUAUAACAGACACUUUAUUUCAAAAAACAGUGCGAUGGCCCGAUGAUGUCAGUGGUAUUGCUGAAAAGUUUUUUCUGAUGGGUGGAUUCCCUUCUGUGUGUGGUUGCGUUGAUGGCACAAUCAUUAAAAUUGAUGCGCCUCCAUUACAGGAGGAAAGAUAUGCUGACCGGCAUAGAAACCACUCAUUGAAUGUGAUGAUGAUAUGUGGGCCAGACUACACAUUUUACAGUGUAAAUGCAAGUUGGCCGGGCAGCGUUCACGACUCAAGGGUGCUACGGAAUUCGGCUGUAAGUCAAAGAUUUGACAAUGGAUGGAGACCAUUUCCGGAUGCUGUUGUUUUGGGUGAUAGUGGUUAUGGAUUGAAAAACUGGUUGAUACCACCAUUACGCCGAAAUCCCAAUAAUCCUGCCGAAGAAGUUUUCAAUCGUUGCCACAAAAAAACACGCCGCAUAAUUGAAAAUAGUUUUGGCAUUAUUAAAGAAAGAUUCCCGUGUCUAAAUUAUUUGCGACUGAGGCCUGAGUUUGCAGGAAAGACAGUCAUAGUUUGUGCCAUCUUACACAAUAUUGCCUGUAGCAUCGGAAGGAGUAGUGAAAAUAUACAACCCACUGAAGACACUGACAAUGAAAGGGAGGAAUUAGAUGAAAGUGCUGAAGAAGAAGAUGAUGCCCUUAAUAACAUAGAUCAAGAGAGUGGAAUGGAAAGGGUUACUUCCCUGCUACAAUACUUUACCUAA